GUCAAGCAUGGCUCAAAAUAAAGUCUCACGCAGCGAAAAUAAUUAUUCGUGGAAAAAUGUACGUCAAGUUUUCUUAACUUUGAGCAAGAAUGUUAGUUUUCCGAAUCGUUCGUAGAUGGCAGUUUUGUGCAUCCUGCAAUUUCCAAACUAUUUUGAACUAGUUUUUCCUCAAAAAUAUUUAGAAUCGAGGCACUUAUUCAGUCAAGAAUGGUAGAGGAACGUGAAAUAGAGAACAUCACGGAAGAUGAAGCCGCUCUUUAUGACCGCCAGAUUAGAUUGUGGGGUUUAGAUGCCCAGAAAAGGUUGCAUGCAGCAAAUGUGCUACUCAUUGGUAUGAGUGGACUUGGGGCUGAGGUUGCAAAGAACAUUGCCUUGUCCGGAAUCAAAUCCCUCACUUUACUUGAUGACAAUGAGGUAACAGAAGAAGAUGCAGGCUCAACAUUCCUUGUGUCAAGAGAAGAUGUUGGAAAAAAUAGGGCUACAAGUUCUUUAGAAAAUGUUCAGAAGUUGAACCCUAUGGUGAAGGUUUCAGCAUAUACAGAGAGUGUCGAUGCUAAAGCUGAUGAGUACUUUGAACAAUUCCACGUCAUCUGUGCGACCUGUUGUUCCGAGGAGACACUGCUGAGACUAAACAGGAUCACCCAUAGGAGUAAUAUCUUGUUCUUUGCUGGACAAGUGUUUGGAUUUUAUGGAUUUGCCUUCACAGAUCUCAAUGAUCAACAUGAGUAUGCUGAAGAGGUUGUUGUGAAGAAGAAGCCUGAAGAAGGAAAUGAAGAUGGUGAACCAAGUGAGAAGAAGAAGAAGGCUGAGAAUGAAACACAAACAGUUAAAAAAACUAUGGCCUUCACGAGACUGGAGCAAGCCCUGAAUGUUGACUGGGAGAAGGACACCAAUAAGAAAAUUCUCAAACGGCUUUCUCAUGUUUAUCCUAUGACACAAGUGUUCCUGCGCUUCCGAGAGAAGGAGAAGAGGUGGCCUGCAGCGAAGACAGCUACAGAAGAUAAGACAACUUUGACUAAUCUACAGCUGGAGGUCUUAGAGAAGAUGAAUUUGGCACCUGAAAAAUUAGGUGAAGAGUUUGUGAAUUACAGUAUAGCAGAACUGAGUGCGGCAUGUGCUGUGGUGGGAGGCUUAAUGGCACAAGAAAUCAUCAAGGCUGUCUCCCAGAAGGAUGCCCCAUUGAAUAACUUCUUCCUUUUUGAUGGCAGGGAAGGCUGUGGAAUAGUAGAACAUCUUGGAUACUGACUCUGUGAUCUCAGUCAAUCCGACUCUGUGGACUAGGAUUGUCCAGCUGGAAGGCUUGAUUCACAGUGACAUGGAACUGUAUGUCCAAAUACAAAGACUCUCACUGCAUGGUGUGAACAUGUACACUUGCAGUGAAUACAUACAUACAUGAAGUGAUUGGCUUUGUACCAUUAAGAAACUUACUUACAAACUGUUGUUGGAAUACAUGUACAUGUACAUGUAUUGUCUUUGAGAAAUGCACAGUACUGGACUGAUAUGUGCUUGGGUACAAUUUCCAGUUAACACGAAUAUUUUGGACUCAUUCUUCAAUCGUACCCUCCAAAUAACUGGUUGAGAACUUUUUUUGUGGUCACUGGUUCAGUCAGUUCAAUAGUGUAGUCACUGCCAUUGUCAUUCUAACGUCAUUUUGUACAAUCAAAUUUUACAAUAAAGUAAGAGAUUAAAUGAUGUUA